AAAAAUUAAAUACAACAGAAUAAAAUGUAAUUAAAAAUGAAAGCAUUUGCAUGUAGGAGAGAGGAACAAGGGGUACAUUUAAAAAAAAUAAAAUAAACCGCGAUAUUACGUCAUCGGGGCCGCUCCAAUCACAGAACGAGACUUUCAGUACUCUCACGUGAUUCUCCUUCCAACUGUUGCCGGUAAGUUAACAGAAAACCGGGUUUUUUUGGACUAUUUAAAGGGAAAACCGUCUCAGACUGGACCGCUGCUGUACGGGACAGAGGGCUCAGAGAGGCACCGAGCUAAAGCCCCGGCCUGACGCGUUUCUCUGACACUUUAACCCGGUUUGAAGUCUCCAUCCCGCGGCUCUCGGGUUAGCCCAUGCUAACGCUGCUAGCCUAACCGCCACCAACGGCCAGCCCCGUGAGGCUUUUACUUUGAAAGAGUCUAAUUUUAAAUGAAUUUUAAUUAAAAUCUGUUAAUUCAAGUCUGAGGAAAUCUGUGGGAGAGAGCUCCGAAUCAUUUAAGGAGCAGCAGAGAUGAGCGGCAGGAGCAGCAGGUGCUGUAUGAAGGGUCGCUCCAGCUGUUGGGCACGUAACGGCCCAGGGGGUCGAUUCUCCAGAGCCGGUCUACAGAAGCCUACGUGGACAAAAGACGAGGACGAGAAGCUGCAGCGACUGGUGAAGGACCUUGGAGCAAGCUGCUGGUCUUCAGUUUCCCUUCAUUUCAGAGGUCAAAGGUCACCAGUGGAGUGUCAGCGGCGGUGGCAGCAGAUAAAGAAUCCAGACCUGGUCAAAGGUCCGUGGACGAAGGAGGAGGAUCACAGGGUCAGAGAGCUGGUGCAGAAGUACGGCGUGAAACGCUGGUCACUGGUCGCCAAACACCUGCACACCCGGAACGGGAAGCAGUGCCGCGAGCGCUGGCACAACCACCUGAACCCGACGGUGAAGAAGACCAGCUGGACGCUGGACGAGGACCGCGUCAUCUGCCAGGCGCACAGGCUGCUGGGAAACCGCUGGGCCGACAUCUCCAAGUUGCUGCCCGGCAGGACGGACAACUCCAUCAAGAACCACUGGAACUCCACCCUGAAGAGAAAAGUGGAGAAGGAGGGAUACCUGCAGGUCCUGCGCCUCCACAGCUCCUACGUCGCCUCCACCUCGGCACAGGCAUCCAAGAUCUGCGGCCUCCCCUGCAGCAUCCCCGCAAAGGCCAACAGUCUGUCCACCUCAAAAGAUGAGUCCAGCUCCGCCUCCGGCAGUCAGAGCACCUACAUGCGCCACGGGAGCUCCGCCCAUCUGUGCUCCUCCUCCACCGGAUCUCUGAGCACGAGCAGACCGGCGGCGUCCAUGGACCUGAUGGAGGCGAGCCUGGAGACAUGGAGCUACGACUCAAAGGAAGUGACAUCAUCCCUGAAACAGCCCCCAGCGCUGCUGCCUGUCUGCCCGCACAGAAACGAUGGCCACCCCUCCAUCGUGGGCCUGAAGGAGAGCUGCGUUGCAGGUAUGAAGGACCAGGAGCUGAACGGCGAAGACGACUGCUCGUCGCGCUCGUGGAGCAGAAGCAGCCAGAUGGGAGCUCUGAACUUCUCCCCCUCAGAGUUCUUCAGUCUGUGCGCUGCUGACAAGCUGAAGCUACAGUGUCCACCUCUCACCUCCACCCCCGUCUGCGCCCUCCUACACCCCGUCCAGCAGGAGGAGGAGGCCUGCCCGCACUGCAGCUCCAGCACGCAGACGCCUCCAGAGAUCCGAGAGAAGGUCAGAGUGUCGCUGAUAUCUGCUCCUCAAACACCCACUCCUCUGAAGAUCAGUGCGAGCCCGGGCGAGGUCUCCGUGUCUUCCAGUCUGACGAUGACUCUGAUGUGGGAGGACCGGAGCGUGGAUCCUGACAGUCAGCAGUCGGGCAGCAGCUCCGAGGUCAGACGCUCCUCGCUAACAUGUCUCGCUGUGACUGUGGACAGGUUAAAGGCCACUCAGGUUCAGGGCGAGAGUCUGCUGACCUCCAUCCUGGACGUGCAGGUCGACCCCGCCUCAGCUCAGCAGCAGCAAGUCCAGGCAGAGUGUGGCUUCUCCCUCGACACCCCCCCCUCAAAGUCAGGGUUGGAUGUGUGGUGGAGCCAGGUAGGCUGCCUGGACUCACCUGAGUGCCCCACCCACACCACCAACCCGUUUGAGCUGAGCGGUGAGCUGCAGGUGGUGCUGUUCGGGCAAACAGAGGAUCAGAUGAUUGUGACGGAGCAGGCGCGCCUCUUCAUGGAGCCAGGACCUUCAUGCUGCUGGUCGACCUGAAACUUCAGAGCGUGCUCAGUCUCUGUCGGCCCUCCAAUCAUGAGUGUUUUAGCAUCACCGCGGCCUCAUCAGCCUGUGAUGUUUGAUUGAUUGAUUGAUUGAUUGAUUGAUUGAUUGAUUGAUUGAUUGGCUGGCUGACUGAUUUAUUUUUUAGCUAUUGACUGAUUGAUUGAUUGAGGAGAGGAUGAUGGUGAUCUUCACGUGUAUUUUAACUGAUUUUAACCUUUUAGACAGUUUUUAGUGCAGAGUUUAUGAGCUGCUCCUUUAAACGUGUAAAACUUUUGAUUUCUUGCUUGAAACGUGGCUGAAUGUCUUUAACACUUUACUCUUUGAAUGUUCACAAUAGAUUUAUUGAUUGUAUUGAUUGUCAUGUAUUGAUUGAUAUUGGAAUGGAUUUUAAAUGCUUUUAUUUCUUUUUUUAAACAUCAAAUUUGUGAAGUGACACAAAAACAAAAUGACUGUACAGUUUUAAUAAAGCGAUGAAGCUGGA